AUGUUUUUCGGUGGUGAGGGUGACUUUAUAUUCGCCUAUAAAUUAACUAAGGUGAACGUGAAAGAAAGAUUUCCCUCAAUAGCCCGUCCCAUUGAAAGCGAGGGCCAGGAGGAUGGGAAAAAACCCACCACAGAUGCGGACGCGUCCGAGGAAGAAGCACCCUCUGAAACAAGGCCAGGAUUGGGGGUGGAGUCAACUGACGGCGAGGAUCUCGUGUUCGACGGCGAAGAAGAUAUCGCAGUUUCCGACCCCACAAAACCCGCCAGGAUUCUUUGUCUCGACGGCGGCGGGGUUCGCGGCAUCUCGUCUCUGUGCAUGCUGAAGGAGAUUAUGCUCGAGGUUGGGCGCGAGAAGCAGCCUGCGGGGAAUCCAGAACCGGUUCGACCGUGCGACUAUUUCGACUUGAUUUGCGGGACCAGCACUGGAGGAUUGAUCGCGUUGAUGCUCGGUAGGCUUAGAUACACCGUGGAUGAGGCCAUUGAUCAGUAUACCCGGCUUUCUGAAGCUAUUUUCACCUCCAGGAGCAACAACCCA